AUGAAAGUCGAGAUCGUACCCGCCGAGGGUGGCUACAUAAGAGGCCGUCCUGGGCUUACUAAAGCUUAUAUCGUUGGAUCCGUAUUGUUGAAGUCUGAGCAUAAUGGAUCUAUGAAAUCAGCCAUCACUUCGGUGAAGAUUACUUUUUCCGGAACAGUAGAGACUGACAUUAAUAUCUCUGGUAGCGGAAACAAUAGCCAAAGUCUAGGCCUAAGGUCCCACAAGUCUCAAAAUGCCAUAAUCUCACUGUCGCAAGAAUUGCCCGUUGGAUUUGUUGGACACUACAGAAAUGUCGAGAUCCCAUUUGAAUUUGAAUUGCCUGAUGAUCCGCUUAACGAUGAUCGUUGGGUCCUUCCCGUGUCUUGUGGAUUUGGUGUGCAAGGUGUCUAUAGGUUCGGUGUUAAAUACACACUUUCAGCAAAACCAAACUACACUACACCUGCUCUUGCUCGUGUUUCUUCCUCGGGAUCUGUUAACUCGCUUGGCUCAAUAUCAUCGUCUAUAUCGUCAUUAUCAUCAUCACCUCUGAACGACAAGCUUCAUUUUGGUACCGAAACUGUGCCCGUCGAAUUACAUUAUUAUAAUCCAGCAAUCCUUCUCAAAUUAAUCCAGUCGUAUGACGAUGAGGUCCAUCACCAUUUGCUAGGGCCGUUUCGAGCAGAUGUAUCUGUAUCCUCAACUGUCUUGGGGCGUACUGAUCCUAUUUUUGUAAAGAUGACGUUGACUCCAAUUCACGCAGUUGAUGCUGCUAUUAUUCACACUGAGGUAUCUUUAAAGGAGUAUCAUAUAGUGAACUCUGGUAAAAGGCGGUAUCAAAGCACGAGGCAUCUGAUUUCAUCCACUUUCCCGGACCUUAAUAAGGGCGACACUGGGCAACAAACCCUCAGAGCUAAAUUAUAUGUGCCAAGAGAUGCUUGCACGUCUGAAGAUAUACCAUUCUCCCCUAUGCCGAGUACUGAAGCCUCGUCUGAGGCAUCCUCUAGUGUACGCAGCUCAGAAACCGAGUCAAUACAUAGCAAUCAUAGCCACUCUACAGUGUCAAGUACCGCUCGAAGGCCCUUCCUGUCAUUCAAUAGUCAUACUGAUGAUGAAAGUCACCCACUUACAGCACUAGGAUUUAGUAGCAAUUGCUCCUUUGAAGUAUCUCAUUUUUUAAAGUACACUGUGAUGGCUAAGCUCGAUAACGUGAUUAAAGGAUUUUCUUGGGAGUAUCCCGUUAUGAUAAGCUCGGUCAAACAAUCUCAGGUCUUUGACUUGUUAGAAAAUGACUGUGAUUUGAUACCGCCGCAGUCUUAUGAGAAGGCCUCUGGCAAUCUGCUGGCCACCACUCAUACCCCAUUGUCUAGUCAUCUGAUAUUUAUUGCUGCACCGGCAGAAUAUAGAGCAUCUGAACAUAUAGUAGACAAUUAG